UUCCAAACUAGAUCAAACCAGAAAUUGUUUCGAGAACGUUCGAUGUCAGUGUAGAUUUGGGACGCAAAGAGAGAUCUGCACAAAUUGAGACUUGAAUAAACAUACUGGAAAAAUCAAAGCAUGCAACAGGAUGAAGAAUCAAAAUAUGUCUCGCAUGUUCCUCCUCUUGUUCAUAUUACCAGUGUCAGGCCAGGCAAUGAACACGGAUAAGCAGUGUCCUGUCAAAUAUAUACUGAGGCCCACCUGGAAUAAAACUGAACAGCAUCAUUAUUGUUGUAAGAAGUUAGAGAAAAACUGUACAGCAGGAUACUACGUGGAAACCUGCAGCAGCAAUCUCGGUGAAGAUAAAUGUUUGAAGUGUAAAGGCUCUACAUGGUUAGCUGAUGAGACCAAUUCUGACAGUGUUCAUCCCUGCUUACCGUACGAUUCCUGUCCGAUUGAGUCCAAGAGAGUUGACUAUUUGCCAAGAUCUGGUUGUAGAAUUCCAUGCAUAUGUGACACAGGAAGAAAUUACUUCGGAUACAAUGGCUGUAAUUGUCAAUUGUUUGAAGGUACAUGUCAAACAGGAACUAGAUUGGCACUUAAUGGUUCAUGUGUAGAUGAAAGGAUUGCACAGCAAAUCAACAAUUUAAAACCACUUAAAGACGGAGUUGUGAUACCAUUUUCGAGACCAACAAACGAUACAGGACAGAAAACAAAAAGUCAUCUUCAAGAAAAUGAAUGGAAAAUUGGAAGAUGGGUAAUAACGGUGGUAGCUGUGGUUGGCUUAGUUGUAAUAAUCUGUGCAUGCAAAAAAUUAGAUGUUUUGGGAAAAUGUAGAAAAGAUCAAGGACAAGACACUUCAUUGGAUACAAACAAAGGAAAAACCAAACCCUUGCUGUCGGACUCUGCAGACUCCGGAAUAUCUGUUGGAGUUCAAUCAAGCUCAUCAGAGUUCACAGAAGUGAAGAUAAAUGUUGAGCAGACAGAAUGUGUACAUACGACAAAAAAUCAAGAUAAUUCAUCCCCGUUUGACUGCGUGAAGAGUGUGGCUUUUGUAAAACCAUUUGAAUAUGAAUGUGAAUCACCUACAAAUGAUAUCGAGGUUGGGAUGACAUUGAUGACACCAGCUGAUACAUUACAGAUUCAAAGACAUUUACAUUUAACAACAGGUCAUCUUGUACAUCACCAAGUGCCUUUAUCGUCACCUCCAGAACCAGUACAGACAUACACGCCGCCUUCAACUUAUGCAAUGGUACAACAAAGACAUUUAGAAGGAGAAAAUAUCCAGUAUAACCAGAACGUUCAAUCCGAUUUUGUUGAUGUCCAACAUGACUUUGGUUCUACUCUAAGUUUAAACAUCAGUUGAUAAUUAAACAGAUUAGAAACUUAUUAAAUUAUUAGCUAACAAUUGUGCAGAUAAGAAAAAUACUGAUCUGAAUACUUGGAAACAUUUGAACAGAUUUAAAGAAAAGCUGAACUAAAAGGUCAGCAAUUAUCAUCAUGUUCACUGGUUGAAUAAACGAAAAUAUUGUAUUUUUACAUCAUCUCAUUCAGAUAUAUAUAUAUAUAUAUAUAUAUCAUAUAUUAAUUGCAUAUCAGUACAAAUGUGUAUAGUAACUCUUUAAUGAAUUUAAUCCAUCUGAUUUCCCAUAAUAUAAAUCAAACACAUUCAUGAAGUUAAAUUAUAUGUUAAGCAUAAAUAGUUGUAUAUUUAACUCAAUGGCAUACGGUUAAUCCGUGUUUCAGUAAAAAAUAUCUGUAAUAAUUAAGGUUUUGUACGUAACUGUUCAAAUUAUAUAUCGAACUGUUUAAUUAUUGACAGGGCGGAUCUUACUUAUUAGUCGUAUAGUGCAACCAAUACUAUUUGGUGAAAUGUAUUUUUUUUUGUGCUUCGUGAUGAAACAUUUUCGAUAAAAGAACAAAUUAAUUGAUAAAUUUGAUGUUUGAUAAUAAUUCUGUUCUAAAUAUUACAACAAUAGCUAAUUGUGUGACUACUUCAACUAUUAUGGAUGAAUGUAAAUAAUUAACAGUAUUUUUUCUUAUAAUAUGUGUGUUGUCGUUAUGUUUUGAUUGUUCGUUUAUAUGACAAUAAUCAUUUGAUUUUUUUCAUUAGUUAUACACUUUUUGUUAACAAUUAUGUCUUUUUACAGUUGGAUAUUUUAGAAAUGUCAAUUUAAGCUAAAUUUUUAAUUAUGAAAUGUGAGGAAGCACUGAAAAAAUCAGGAGUAUUUUAUCUGAAUGAGUAUAAAAAUAAAAUGUAAAGCAAAAUGUACAAUUCUUGUAUAUAGUUCACACUGUGAACUCUGAGGACACGUUGGUUCUCCUCACUAAACCAAUAAAGAAUAUUAUUUAAA